AUGAACCAAGCCGGCACCGCGACCGUUGUCCCUCUCUCCUCCAUGCAGCAGCCCAACCCGUCCGUCGGCGGCGGGGCAGGCACCAGCACCGCCCCCGGGGUCUUCCAAGCCGGCCAGGGAUUGCUCCUCUCGCCGAUGCAGAUCCUCGGCUUCCCUUCAUCCUCCUCCGGCGACCAGUCAUCCAUGGGCUUGCUGUCGACCGGCACCAGCGGUCAGCUACUGUCCUCGCAGGACAUGUCCUCGGCCAAUAUCGGCUCUUCGCAGCAGCAGCAGCAGCAGCAGCAACAGCAACAGCAGCAGCUCCAGCAGCUCCAGCAACUCCAGCAACUCCAGCAGGUCCUGCAGCUUCAGCAAUCCGGCCAGCAGCAGUCACCAUCGCAGCAGCAGCAGCAGCAGCAGCAGCAGUCGCUCCUGCUCCUGCAGCAGCUCCAGCAGCAGCAGCUCCAGCAGCAGCAGCUCCAGCAGCAGCAGCUCCAACAGCAGCAGCUCCAGCAGCAACAGGCCCAACAGCUCCAGCAGCAGCAGCAGGCCCAGCAGCAGCAGGCCCAGCUUCGCCAGCAGUUCCAACAGCAGCAGCAGCUCGUUCAGCAGAACCUCCUCCUCCAACAACAGCAGCAACAGCAGCAGCAGCAGCAGCAGCAGCAGCAGCUCCAGCAGCCUGGCGGCUCUCUCUCAAGUGCCCAAAUCCUUUCCCUGCUGACUAAUUCCGGGUCGUCCGGGACUGGCGACAUCUCCUCCCUGCAAAUCAGUCGCCUCCAGGCUCAGCUCCAGCAGCUCCAGCAGCAGCAGGCCACUCAGCAGGCCCAGGCCCAAAGCAAGCAGAGCCAGCAGCAGCUUCUCCAGCAGCAGCUUCUCCAGCAGCAGCAGCAGCUCCAGCAGCAGCAGCAACAACAAAUUCAGCAGCAGCAGCAGCAGCAACAGCAGCAGGCCCAGCAGCAGCAGCAGCAGCAGCAGAAGAACCAGCUGUUCAUCGAGACGCUCCUGCAUAAGCAGCCGUCCGGCACCGGAGUCCAGGCCUCCUCCUCAUCCUCCUUGCCGAUCGACCUCCAUGGCGGUGUUUCUCCAGCACGCGGGCCUUCCUCCUCCUCUUCCUCCUCGUUGGCCGCUUCACUGGGACUCAUCCAGCAGAAUCUGAUUUCCAACAACGCCGGAGGCAAUGGGGCCCUUCUGUCGCAGCAAAUCCAGCAGAUCAUUGCCUCGCUUGAGGACGGCGGCACCGGUGCCGGUGAUGCUGGCGCCGCGACUGGCGCAUCCAACGCCGCGCUCAUUUCAUCCGUGCUGAAUUCCACUGCCACCGCUGGCAUUUCCACCGGCCCGACUCCCGGCGGCACGGCAACCGCCUCUACCACAGGUGGCAGCAGUGCCGGCGGAGCGUCCGAAGGCCCGGCAUCGGCCAUUUCCUCCCCCUCCUCGACGGCCGCCGGUCCAGCUGGCAGCCCCUUCCCAGCUGGCGGCAUGAAGUCCGAUCAGGGAGGUGCCCCAGGGGGGGGCUCGAGCCUUCCCCUGGGCGGCGGUGCCAGCCCCGGCCCCGGCAGCGCCCUUCUGUCGGACAUGCUCUCUCGGCCGGCGGAUGCUGCUUCCAAGUCGACGACCGCUAGCGCCGCGGCCGCGGCCACCACCACCACACUGCCGUCCCCGGCCACGCUGCCGUCCCCCGCCCCGGGGUCCUCCUCCACCACCACCACCACCACCACUCCUGGUCCCUCGGCCACCGGGCAGCAGGACACCUUCCUGUCAGCCGGGGGAUCUGCCGCGUCGGCCAACGAUGUGGCGGCCUUCCUGGCGUCCAUGGCCUCCUCCAAUCGGAUCAAGUCCUCGGUGUCGGCGGCCCCCACGACGGAUCCCCUGCCGGCGGAUGGCGCCGUGGUCAUGGUUUCCUCCUCGCAGCAGCAGGCCCAGCAGCAGCAACAGCAGCAGCAGCAGCAGCAACAACACAUCAGCAGCCAGCCCUCCUCCUCCUCCUCCUCCUCCUCCUCCUCCGCCGCCGCCGCCCCCGCCUCUUCCCAGGUCCAGCAGGCCGGUGCGUCGCCUCAGCCGCAGGGCACCGCCUCUCGCCCGGCGUCGGGCAUUAGCCCGGACCUGCUGGCUUCACUUCUCCAGCAGCAGGUGGCGCAGCAGCAAGCCCAGCAACAGGCGCAGCAGCAGGCGCAGCAGCCCCUGGUCGCCGGGAUGGCGUCCACCUCAUCCUCCUCAUCGAUGCUGCCGCCGCAACUUCUCCAGGCCAUGGGCCGGUCAGCUCUCCUGCCGACCUUCAACGCCCCGGAUAUCGGCACCACCUCCUCCAUGGUCAACCGCGCGGGAGCCAGUUCCGAUCUGUUGCCCGCCCCGGCCAGCCCCCUGCUCCUGGGCGUCUCCUCGUCAGAUGUCGGGCUCGGUGGCGGUGGCCUUGCCCCGCCGCCGGUCCAGCUGCCCACUUCGGCCUCCCCCUCGACUCUGUCCUUGCGCUCGAUCCCCCUGCUGUCGUCGAGCAUCGGUACUGGUGGCACCGGCGCCGGGGGCCAUCACCUGGACCUGGCCCAGCAGCUGCAGCAAUCCGGCGCUGGGCUUCUGUCGGAGAGCCCCUCCCUUGGCCCCGGCGGCCUUCUCCCUGGGGCAUCCAGCCUGGGUCUCCUGCCCGGGUCUGUGAUGGCCGGCUCCGGCCCUGGUGGCAUGCUAUCCUCCUCGACCUCGCUUGCGGGGCAGCUCGACCCGGCGACCCUCCUCUCGCUGCAUCGGCAGAUCAGUGCCACCGGCGGUGUUUCCUCUUCCCUUGUCUCCAACCCCUCUUCACACAUGGCCGGUGUCCUCUCCUCCGCCGGCUCCAGCAACUGCUCUUCCAGUGCAUCGUCCCCCUCGCCUGUUCCCUUCCUGUCGAUGGUCGGAGACAAUGUCCCGGGGCUCCACAUGAAGGCCGACUCCGUGGCUGAUUCUUCCUCAUCGCCGCAGAUGGUUGCCAGUGCGCUGAAGCUCAUCGGCCUGGAUCCGGCUGCCGCGGCGACUGCCGGCCCGAAUGGGCUUCUCUCCGGCACGACCACCCCCAUGCCCGGGUCUCCGACGGCCGGCGGGCCCCUGGUGCUUUCGUCCCCCGGCGGCGCCAGUGCGCCUGGUGUCGGUGGUGGCAGCGUCUCCGGCAGCACCGGCGACGGGGUGCCCUCCAAUGCCGGCGGUGCCGCCACCGGCAGCAGCGGCAAGUCCAAGUUCGGCGACAAUUCCGCCUUCCCUGGGGCCCUGCUGGCGGACCCGAAAUCGCCAGCAGCCCAGGCCAUCGCCGCUGGGGCCACGCUGGUCCCCCUGCCGCUGACGCACGCCCAUGCCUUGGCCACCCCGGGCACCCGCAAGCUCACUUACCUGUGCACGCAUCCGGACUGCCGGCAUCGGGCCCCGUUCAAGCGCUUCCAGCACCUGAAGCGCCACCGGCUGACGCACUCCGGCGAGCGGCCCUUCGCCUGCGAGGAGCGCGGCUGCACCAAGACCUUCGCGCGCCUGGACAACUUGACACAGCACCAGCGGACACACGGUCGGCAUGCGGCGGCGGCGGCCGCCGCCGCGGCCGAGGCCGCCGCCGCCGCCGCUGCUGCCACCAACUGCCCGCUGUCAUCCGAGCUGCAAAGCCAUCACAUCCAUGCGGCGGCCCUGGCUGUUGGGCAUCACCACAUGCAUGGCGGCGGCAGCAUGCACCCCCACCACCACCAUCACCACUCGGACCAGCUGUCGUCUUCGUACUCGCCCUCGGGCUCGCCCUCGCCCGGGCUCAAUGGCGGCAGCGGCGCCGGCGCCGGCGGCAAUGGCAACGGCGGUGCUCUGGGAAGUGGGUCGUCGGCCAACAAGCGCCCCCGGCCGGCCGGCGGCUUGGCUGACAGUCCCUCCUCCGGUGGCAAUGAUGCCAAUAGCAUGGCCAAGAAGAUCAAGCGUGCGGCCCUGGCGGCUGCCGCGAUGGCCGCGGGUUACUCUCCCUCUGAGGCGCGUCACUUUGAGGGAUGA